AUGAUGCAGUGGCAUAAGUUCAAGUCCCUUGGCAAACGGGAGUUUGAUACCCGUCUCGUAUUGACUGCUCUUGCCAGCGUCUCCUCAUGGUGUCUCUCCUUGUCUGUGUCUGUCUACUACACCCUUCGCGAGCCACAUGACCAGGGCACCAUCGUCGGAAGACGCAUCUGGGAUCAAAACAUGACCCACAACCAAGGCUUCGCUCUCGAUUCGAGCUGCAUGAAUGCUUUUUGGAUUGCUCUCUUCGCUGCACAGCUCUUCGCUGUUAUAGGCAUUGUUUUACGAGGCCGCAAGGACGACAGCACCAUGGCGAUCUGUAUUCACUUUUGUGUCAACAAUCUAUUGCACGCCAUCUCUAUAAUCCUGUUUGUGCGGUCGGUUUUUGGAUGGACCGAGUUCAUUCUGGUCCUCAAUUUUGUCAACCUCUCCUGCCUUCACUUCCUUCACCAAACUGCGCCUCUCUACGUCUGUGGGCCCCUUGUCUCCGGCCCUCUUUCCUGGGGCUUUCUGGCCAUGUACUGGAAUGGCUCCAUGGCUGUGGAUGCAGGUGACAAUGCCAGAAACGUUCUGACCGUCUUGGCCAUGUUUGGGAUCCUGGGUUACGGCCUAUUCAUUUCCAUGGCUUUUAAGGACCGUGUCGUGGCCGUCGCUCUCGGCUUCUUCGCCGCGGCCAUAGCUAUUGCGCAAUUCCGCCUCGAACAAGACGAUUUUCGGUGGAUCACACCUACAAUUACUAGCUCGAUACUAGUCUUCACAAGCGUUCUGAGUAUCAGUCUUAAUAUUCGCAAGGGCAAGGUACUAGACUGGGAAUGCGAUGAAAGAAAGGAGGAUGAUGGCUCGGGGAAGCAUUCUGAACUAGUGUAA